GGGAAGUUUAAGCCCUUGGCCAGCGCAUUCGUCCACCUGCAUGGGCGCCAGUAUGUAAACAAGCUUAUUUCCUCUCGCGCCUAUUUUGAGGUCAAACGGUGGGCUCUAACCUUGGACGCAUGCCUCUUGUACUUUCUUGCCCCAACUCCCCAAUUCCCCAAUGCUCCGGACGAAGAUGAAAGGCUAGUAUGCAAUCUCGGCCGCAAUCUGACACCACCCGCGCCCUGGAUGCGUCUUCCCUCCCGCUAGAAAAGCGGUUUCGGCCUUCGUGGGUGCGACGACACAUUUACGGUACCUCGAGCGACAAUAAAGGCCCACUUGGCCUUACACUACUGCACUCUGCGGCGGAACCACUGAUAGACUUCGUUUUCGUUCACGGACUGGGAGGGGGUUCCAUCAGAACAUGGCGAAAAGGCGACGAUCCAAGACUCUUUUGGCCUCAAGCAUGGCUUCCUCUUGACCACGAUUUCCGCAACGUCAACAUACACAGCUUUGGUUAUAAUUCCGAUUGGGCAGAGACGAAGGAUUCUUUCCUGAAUGUGCACGAUUUUGGGAGGUCAUUACUUGGAGCUUUGACAACGUCCCCACAUUUAAGGAGGAAUGGGCCAACCCCAAUCGUUUUGAUUGGUCAUUCUCUUGGUGGACUUGUUAUCAAGCAAACAUAUAUAUUAGCCCGUCAAGAUAGACCCCUAGCGGCUUUCGCCGAGCGUAUGCGAUGUCUCUUCUUCUUGGGCACCCCACAUCGAGGCUCAGAUUCGGCUCCCUUGCUCAACAAUAUUCUCAAGACGACUGGCGUACUUAGUUCUCGGCAAUACAUAGAUGACCUGAUGCGGAACUCACCAUCCACACAAGUGAUUAACGACACUUUCCGGAAAUUCGAUGGCGACCUUGAUAUAUGGUCUUUCUACGAGACACUGAAGACAGGUCCAUUCUUGAUUGUGGACAGAGAUUCUGCUACUUUGGGUAGUAAGAGGGAGAAGGUAAACAAGCUUGACGCAAACCACCGAAAUAUUUGCAAAUUUGAAGAUCCCUCUGAUCCAAAUUACAUCGUCCUCCGAGACUCCCUAAGUUCUGUGGUUGAUGAUCUCUUACGAGAAAUAAAAAUAUCUAGGCACGAACAAUAUCGUACACAAAUUAAAACACUGAAGACAUUUCUUGGAGUCUCCGACAAACCCGAAGAUGACUUCGCUAGACAAGAGGAAGGGCAGGUGGAAAGGUCUUGUACAUGGUUGGAAGAGAGGGAGGAGUUUCAAGAAUGGAGAGACGUUGAAGAAGACACCACGAGAAGCGCCGCAGAAAACCUCACACAGUACUAUUGGCUCAGUGCCAACCCGGGGACCGGAAAGUCUGUGCUUGCAGCGCAUGCUAUCUCUCACCUACGGACCACCUUUGGGCUGGAUUGUUGUUUCUAUUUUCUACAAUAUGGGAACAAAACCAGGCAGACACUCAGCGGCAUGCUUCGUUCAAUCGCGCUUCAAAUGGCCCUUCUGGGAUCUGGAGUCCGGGAUACCUUGUUGUCUCUUCAAGAAGACAAUAUCUGCUUCGACAAAGACGAUGAGCGGGCAGUAUGGCAAAAAUUAUUUAUCGGUGGGAUCUUUCAGACAGAACUUUACCGUCCGCAAUACUGGGUGAUCGACGCACUGGAUGAAUGUACCAACUACGCCCAACUAUUUCCGCUUCUUACAAAAAUUGAAAGCUACUUUCCUCUUAGGGUUUUCUUCACUAGCCGUGUUCAUUCAGAUAUUCAGCAUCAAUUUUCCCGCCUCGGCCCCAGAGUCAUAGAAGCUCAUAUUUCAGAGAAGAAUAUUCUGUCGGAUGUUGAACUCUACUUAAAGAGCCGGAUGGAUGUACUCCCAGUAGAAUCAAAAGCAGAGCGGGAAGAACUUAUCGGGGAAAUUAUGGGCAAGUCUCAGGGCUGUUUUCUGUGGGUCAAGUUGGUUCUUCAAGAGCUUGGAAAUGUCUUCUGCGACAAGAAUAUCAGAUUGGUAAUGGAUGAUAUACCGGGGAAGAUGGGGCCGUUCUACGAACGCACGGUAAAGCUAAUCAGUCAGAAUGUCAAUAUCCGGGAAAAGGAGCUUACCAAAGCCAUCUUGGUCUGGACUGUCUGCAGUACCCGUCCCCUUCAUAUCGAAGAAUUGCAAGAGGCAAUAGAAUUGGAUAUCGGUUCCAAAGUCCGCAACAUGAGAAAGUCUAUUCAAGACUUGUGUGGCCAACUUAUUUCUGUCGAUGGCAACAACACAGUACAUACGAUUCACCAGACUGCACGGGACUUCCUUCUUAAGGACAAGACCACUGAAUUUGCUAUUGACAGCGCUCUCAGCCACGAGAGACUUGCCACAGCCUGUUUAAAAUACCUUUCUUCAAGAGAGAUGCGGUGGCCCCGUAAUAAGAGACUCCUCACGAGGGAUAGAAAGGUAUCGAGAUCCUGCUUUGCCGACUAUGCGUGUAGGAGUUUCUCAGAGCAUGUUUUUGCUGCUAGCUCUGAGGCUGAUGACUUGCUGAGGAUGCUUGAAAAAUUUCUCGGAACCAAUGUUCUGAGCUGGGUCGAGCAUGUGGCCUUCACGGGAAGCUUAUACUUCAUCACUAGGACAGCAAAGAACCUCAAAGCCUACCUUGACCGACGGGUGAAGUAUCGAGCGCCGUUAGGAAGCACCUUCCAAAAUGUUUCUGCAUGGACUACAGACCUUAUUCGACUUGUGGCAAAAUUUGGAGUCGGUCUCGUUGAUACUCCAAGUUCUGUAUAUUUUCUCAUACCUCCUCUCUGCCCCAUCAAUUCCGCUAUAUAUAAAGGGUUCGGCCAGAUGGCAGAUGGCCUAAGCUUUACUGGGACCACCAACGUCGACUGGGAGGACUGCAUAUCAUGCAUCGAAUACAAGAAUGGCCGAGCGAUGGACCUGUCAUCCGGACAAAAUACUUUCGCCAUUGGCAUGAGUUCAGGCAUGGUCUAUCUCUACAAUCAACUAAGCUGCCAAGAAGUACUUGUUGUCAACCAUGAUGAGCCAAUCCGACUUGUUGAACUUGACAAGCUUGGGAAGUAUCUCUUGACCUCCGGGGCUACCAUUCUGAGCCUCUGGGACCUCACCGGAGGUGUGAUGUGGACUACGACAAUGCCUUCGCCCUGCCUUGCUUUAUGUUUCUCCGACGACCGGAUUUAUGGUAUUACAACUACCAAUGAAGUAGUUUUGUGGAACAUGGCAGAUGGAUCCGUGGACAAUAGACACCGAUAUCAGUACCAGGAGGAAGAGGAUCGACACUUCCUUGUUGAGGAGAGAGCUCCUCUCGCAGCUGCUUUCUCCCCUGACAUGGCGCUGAUGGCACUUCUGUAUCGUGGUGCGCCGACAGCAAUCUGGAGCCUUGAAACCCGAUCUUUUGUCGGAUACUGCUACGAAAAUGCGGCCGAGCGUGACGCCGGCGGGAGCGGAGCAUUUUCGCCUCUGAGUGCUCUAUUCCAUCCCAACCCUGGUGUCGAACUGAUAGUCAUAAUAUACCAAGACGGAGGGCUUGCAUUAUAUGACUCCUGGUCGCAACAGCGACUCAAGCUAGUUGAAGCGGAUGCCUCACAUCUAGCUUCCGCCCCCAAUGGACGAACUCUAGCUACAGGCGACUUCCACGGUACUCUAAAGAUAUGGGACUUUGAGACAUUAGCACUUCUUUAUCGGAUUAAUUGCCAUGAGUUCGACAUCAAAACUCUUGUUUUCAGUGGAGAUGGCGCAAGGAUUGUGGAUAUCCGGGAUUCAAGAUCCAAAGUUUGGGAACCUGAGGUCCUGAUAAGGAAGACAAUCGAGGAAGACCAUUUGAGCCUUAGCGAUGAUUUUAAUGCUCCCGCAACCACGAUAGACUCCAAAGACAUCGAUAAGAUCGUCAACAUCACAGCAAUGGCGCCCCAUCCUUCAGAGUGCCUCAUCAUCGUGGGGAAGCGGAACGGGAUUGUAUCGGCUUACAGCACCACAACUGGGAAGGAAGUCUCGACCCUGUAUUCUCAUGGCAAGGGUCUUCUUAUUGACCACAUUAUUUGCGGUGACCAUGUCAUUGCCAGUGCCGACUCAGAAAGGAUUGUCAAGCUGUGGUCUUUGGUUGAUGAUGGAGCAGGAAAGUUUGUUGCAAAGAAGCGACUGUUGAAAGUUCAGACCAGUAGUUUUGUACGCCAGUUGCUACUGAGUCCGGACGGUCAAAGUCUACUGAUAUCUACUAUCCAGGCUGAUUAUUUCGUCUCCACAACGACCGGAGAACUUGUCAAUACACGAAAAUCACGACGGACGGGUCCUUGGAGAUGGGUGUGCGAAUCAGAUCCGAAUGCAACUCGUCUGCUCCUCGUUACUGAAUGUGAUCUCCAAAUUUACGACUGGAGAAAGUUCUCACAAGUUCCACUGAGCAAUUUUCUAUUGGAAGACGCAUUGAAUAAUGAUGCGAGAAAUAUUGUCAUCAAAUCAGCUUCUGAAGAUAGUAUGGGCAGAUAUCUCGUCCUGGAUCUGCAAACUUCUGUGCGGAGCAACCUACUCAUUCUCAAUACCCCAACUUUUGACGAGCUCGAGGAUACCGUACAUAUAGAUUCCACGUUCAAUCAAGUUAUCAAACGAGUUCAAUUCUUUGUCGGCGUUCAGGGGACGAAGAUGUUUUUCAUUGACCUCGAAUCUUGGUUUUGUUCCUUGGACGCGAAAACUUUUACAGGACAGGAAUAUGCUCGGCAUUUCUUUGUGCCAAGCGAUCUUUUGGGUGGAAAUUUAGGCAUGCUUUCCGCAGCCACGAGCAGAGGAGAAGUUGUAUUCUGCAAAGAUGGGGAAUUGGCGAUCGUGAAGAAUGGUCUGACAUUUCAUAAUACAGUGAUGCUCUCGGAUGGCGAUAGAAAGAUUUAGAGUUGAGGUCAAGAAGAAGCUGAUAUAUGCAAAGUUCCCGCUUCACAAAAUCCAAUAACAAAGAUCAUGAUAAUAAUGUAAUGAUCCAUUCUCC